AAAAAAAUGCAGUAAAUUAUAUUUUUUAUAUUUAUUUAAUGUUUUGCUCACGCACCAUCACGGCGACAACAUAAGCGGUUAGUUGAUCGAUUAAGCGGCGGUGGAGGGAGCAUAUAAAAUCAAACGAGAAAAAAAAAAACAAUAAAAAUAAAUAAGUUUGGAAAAUAUUGAAAAAAUAAAACACUAGUAUAAUCCAAAACACGCGAUAAAUAAGUAAAAAUUCAUAAAGUAAACAAAUAACAUAAAUACGUAAGGAAAUAUUACAUGCAAGAAGUAUUGUAAAAGAUAGAGGAACACACAAAUUUAAAAAUAGUGGAUACAAAAAAAAAGUGCCGCUUUUACAAAUGGAAUUCUACCCCCACCACCAACAGCAGCAACAACAACAACAACAACAACAAAGUCAGCAGCAACAAUUAACGCAGCAAGUGGAUUCCAUGGCCACCGGCUCAUCAACCACCGCAACUAAUAAUAGCAGCAGCAGCAAUAAUAACGCUAACGGCAACAAUAGCAAUAAUAUUAAUAAUAAUCAUAUAAGUAGUAGCACCCCACCCACCUCAAAUACAGCAGUAACUGCUGACGCGGCCACUGUAGCAAUCGCUAAGGAUAUGCUACAGUUGCAUCAUGGUGGUUCGCAUAAUAGUAACAAUAGCGAUUCUUCUGAGGCCAUGAAUACAUUAAACUCAAGGUCAACCUCCUCACCAUCAAUAACUGGAGUAACGACCACAACUACCCCACCUGCCCACACUUCCAAUACCGGACCACCAGAUAACGCACUCGGAUCACUCAAGUAUGAGCAAGAGUUGCUCUACAUAACCGAUCCGUGUACUGUUAUUGGUAGAAAUUCAUCAACUUCUCAUGUGCAUUUCCAUGUGGCCGAGAAUAAUCUUGUAUCGCGCAAACACUUUCAAGUGCUAUUCGAUGGUGAAACACGAGACUUCUACGUACAGUGCUUGAGUAAAAAUGGUAUAUUUGUCAAUGAUUUCCUUCAACGUCGCAAUGUAGAUCCGUUGAAACUUCCCGCAAAUUGUUAUUUCCGUUUCCCGAGUACCGAAAUUCGCAUACAAUUCGAUAAUUUUGUGUACACUGGCUUAAGUAAUAUUAACAGUUCAGCUGGCAAUGCCACCAAUGAAAAUUCCCAUAAAAACCAUGGACCACAUGCCGCUGGCUUACAUGGCAACAAAAAUUUAGGAAAUAAUAGCAGUGGAGCUGGGAGUGCGCACGUAAUUAUAUCACCUGCACCACCGGAUGAACAUCAAAUUGUACACCCGCAACAUCAUCUACAAAAUACAACCGCGAUAGGAGGAGGUUCAACCUCAUCAACAGCGGGCACAUCGCAUUUAGUACCUAUGGACAGUUCAAAUGUGAUCUAUUCGCCGUUAAAAAUUUCAAUUCCCAAAAAGGAGCAAAAGAGCCCGUAUUUGUCACCAACUGGUACGAUAAGUGCAGCAAACAGUUGUCCAGCAAGUCCGCGUCAAAGUUUUCAUCAAAACCAAAACAAUUACAACAAUUAUGCAAACAACAAUUUACAAAACGAUUUAUUCCAAACACCUUCAACUGCUAGUUACAACCACAAUGAGAAGCCACCUUACAGCUAUGCUCAAUUAAUAGUACAAGCUAUAUCUGCUGCACCAGAUAAGCAAUUAACGCUAUCGGGCAUUUAUUCAUUUAUUGUGAAACAUUAUCCAUACUACCGAAAGGAGACUAACAAGGGUUGGCAAAAUUCCAUACGUCAUAAUCUCAGUUUAAAUAGAUAUUUUAUUAAAGUGGCACGUUCUCAGGAUGAACCAGGUAAAGGUAGCUUCUGGCGUAUUGAUCCUGAUAGUGGUGCCAAAUUGAUUGAUCACAGCUAUAAGAAGCGACGUCAACGCAGUAGUCAAGGUUUUAGACCUUCAUACGGUAUGCCACGUUCUGCACCAGUAUCACCAAGUCAUAUGGACAAUUCACGUGAGAGUUCACCAUUGCAAGAUAUUGUAUUACAAUCUGCACCUGGAUCACCAGGCUUAUCUUUGGAAAAUCGUCCAGCUGAAGCUGAUCUUGUGUAUAAUUCUCAAAAUGUACACCAAUCAGCUGCAAAUAAUUCUCACACUCAAUAUAAUAGUGGCAGCCCAUAUUACAUUUCAAAUCAAAAUUCUGUUAUUGGUUUACCUGGAGGAGCACAAUUACAACAUGAAAGCAGUGGAAAUAGUGGAGGCAAUUCAGUUGGAACUCUUAUUCAACUCAAACGUAAUAAUCCCAUGACUGCAAAUACUGGUGCAGCAAAUAUUGCUCAUCACCAACAACAACAGCAGCAGCAGCAACAACAACAACAACCACAGCAACAACAAAUUAAACAACCACUACAUCCUGAUAUCAUCUAUGAGGAAAUGCCAACAGAUUAUAGUGGCAAUAUGGAAUCUGGCGAUGAGUGUGACGGUGCCAAACGGCCAAAAUAUAUUUCUGAAGUACUCUGAUGUGUUUACAAUGUGCGUGUUAAGCAACAUAAUUGAAACCUAUAUACAUUAAAUCAAAUUUGAGAAACGACAAACACACGUAAACACAAAAACAAAUACAAAUACCAAUCAUGUAUAUUGAAUUUGACAACAAAAAUUAUGUGAAUUUUGCU